UAUUGAACUUAAGUGUCUUAAUGACGUUGAAUUAAAAUUAUUCAAAAGAAUUGAAGCGGAAACGUAACAAAAUCAGACAUAAAUUUAUAAAGUAAAUGAUUCAGUGAUGAAAUUGUUUGAAUAAAAAUAAUAAUCAACCGAAAAAUAAGAGAGACAAAUAACGCGAAAACAAAUAAGGAAGAACAAAAAUUAACGAAAGAGAAUAAGAGUGAUAGAUUUGAGAAAGAACGUAAUAAUUGUGACUGGUUUUCAUUGGUUCAAUUUGAUACAUCAAGAUUCAUUGUGAUAAUAAAUCGCAUAAUAAUAAAGGACCCAAAAGUUGUUCUCGCAAAAAAAAACCAAACGAAAUUCGAUAUUAUUAUCGUCGAUUUAUAAUAGAAACCGCAUAUCUAUGCCAAAUAAGCAAUAAAUGAAGAAAAAAAUCCCUUCGACAGAGUUGUAAUUUUUCCGCGAUGAUAUCAUAUGUCGAUCGAUCAAUUGCUGCAAAAACAACACUUGAAACCGAAUAACUUAAGGAAACCAAUAAAAAGAAGAAAUAAAUAUAGACAGUAAGAAAGAGAGGAGGACACAACACACAAGUGCCUAAUAGUAGUUAGAAUUUAAAUAGAAAAAAAGAAGAAGGAGAAAACAACAGCGUCACAGUCGAGGCGUUUGAUUCUAAUUUGAACAUCGAUCGAAGUAAACGAACGCGUAUAUCCAGUAGAAGAUAGGCUAUUGCGCUCAUGUGACGAGAUGCGGUUUAGCCUAGAAUAUGGAUUUGAUCAAUAACGAGCAAACCAGACCGAAUAAUACGAGUGACCGUAAAAUCCCAUACCUAAACUAAAUAGUAAAGGGUAUUCGUGCAAUUUGAAUAGUGGAAUACCGAAUUUCAAAAAAAAAAAAAAAAAAAACAAAGUAACCUGCAAAAUCACGAAAAGAAAGACAUAAUAUUUUUUGAAUAGAAAGUAAAGUGAAGUUAUAACAAAUAAGGAACUUGAAAUUUUUGGUUUUGAAAGAAUCGCAAUUUUUAUCAAACAACCAAAUACACACAAAAAUGGCAUCACAACGAUUUUGCUUACGGUGGAACAACCAUCAAACCAACUUAUUAUCAGUAUUCGAUCAACUAUUACACGCUGAAACAUUCACUGAUGUUACUCUGGCGGUUGAAGGACAGUAUUUAAAAGCACACAAGAUGGUAUUAUCCGCUUGUAGUCCAUAUUUCCAAGCGUUAUUCAUCAAUCAUCCAGAAAAACAUCCGAUUGUCAUAUUGAAAGACAUAACGUUUGCCGAUAUGAAAAGUUUACUUGAUUUUAUGUAUCGUGGUGAGGUAUCCGUAGACCAAGAUAGACUAACGGCAUUUUUACGCGUAGCUGAAAGUUUACGGAUCAAAGGUCUGACUGAGGUAAACGAUGAUAAACCGGAAAAGUCAGAAACGCCCGCCCCGCAAACACAAUCAUCGCAAACGUCAACUCAACCACCACAAUUGAAUCGCAUUCAACAACCAUACACACAACAUCAAAAAGUGCAAGGGAUGAUGCUUACCAAUCCAUUAUUGGGCUCAGCCCUCACGCAGCCAAAACGGAAGCGUGGUCGGCCACGAAAACUAUCCGGCAGUUCGAACGGAAACGACUUUGAUGAUUAUGAAUCCAGCGACAAUAUCAUUCAGGGUUCGCCUGAAUUACUCGAGGUUAAAAUGGGCACAGACGGCUAUUCAGAUGGCUCAGACGACAAUAACAGAGACAUUUGCAAUGAUAAUUCCGUAGAAGAACCCAUGGACACAACCGAAUCAAUGAAAUCAGACACUCCACAACCAUCAGCGAAAGAAUCAAGCCCACAAAAAGAACAAGCUGACAACAAUAUUGCAGACGAUGCGUCCAAUGCAUCCGAAGUGCAGGACAUGACUUACAUGGAACCACAACUAAUGCUUGACGAAUAUGACGAUCCCGUUGAAUUUAAGUAUAAUCCCGAUUCGGAUUCGGCACCAAGUUCAAUGUCCACCACACAGGAUUCAACAACAACGACUGUGACCAAUGUCGUUCCGCCAAUGAUUCAAAUGCCAAAAUUGGCACCAAUUCAACAUAUGCUACCAAACAAACCGCUACCAAAGCUAACAAGACGUCCAAAAUUGAAGCAAAACGGUAUUAAAACACCAGAACAAACAUCAACAACCAUUCAAGCCACCAUAGGUGCACUUCAACUGAACCCAUUUGCCGGAAUCAAUAACAAUGACUUUAUUGACAUAUUGGCCAAUAAUUUUACGGCAAACGCAAUCAAAGCGAGCUCAACGCCGCUAAAAGGUGUUAAAAGUAGUGAACGUAAUGCAAAAAAUAACAAUGGUACCCAUACAAGCAACAAUAUGGCCAAUGUAACGACAACCACCAAUGCAUCACCAACACUCGGUGAAAAUAAUAAUUUGAAAAUUGAACGACAAAACGCAGGCAAUCGAUCCGGAAAGUACAUUAUUGACGAUUCGCAAGGUUCAGUUCGAGACUUUUGUACCAAAGAAGGUGAUCACACUUAUCGAUGCAAGGUGUGCUCACGCGUUUAUACCCACAUCAGUAAUUUCUGUCGUCAUUAUGUCACCUCUCAUAAGCGAAACGUUAAGGUAUAUCCAUGCCCAUACUGUUUCAAGGAAUUUACGCGCAAGGAUAAUAUGACGGCUCACGUUAAAAUCAUCCAUAAGAUCGAAUCAUCGGCAGCUGCUGCAACCGUCAAUAAACUCGAUACAACGGCUCAAAUUGCCAUUUCGGCAACGCCACAAUAAACGCUAAAUUUUAUGUAUGAGAUGAUAUGAAAUAUAUGGAAAUAGAGACAAUUACGACGAACUUACUGAUGAUGUUGUUGAUGACGGGUAAACACGAUAAGUCUCGUGUUUUAUUUUUUAAUUAUUAUCUAUUUUCACUAUAUGUGUCUAUAUCAACACAUAUAGAAAAUGUUCAUGAUGUGUAUAGACCGAGAAAAAGCACGUUAUAUAUAUUUAAGAAAUAUGACAUCAAUCGUGUCAAUAUUUGUAUGUCAAUCACAUGCAAAUAAAUACACUGAAAUGAGUUCGAAUCGUUUAUUCACGAAAAAAAUAAUAAUAAUAAAAAAGACAAAAUUUGUAUUAAUACGUACGAGGCGAUAUUUGUACAUACUUUUAUCAUUCUAUCUUAUUCUGUUUUAUACAUUAGAACGUACAACAAAAAAGCCACCCUAAAAUUGUAAUUAUUAUUCAAUUGUAUGUUUCGCAGACAUUCAAACUGAAUAAAAUUAAAACAAAUCGAAGAUUCUUCCAUGGUUAUAGUUUAGUGAUCAAACGGAUUGACGAUGAUGAACACAUCAUUUCCAUUCGAUUAGUUGUUAAACAAUUCGUUUUCGAUUCGAAUUGUGCAAUCUAAUUUCUAACUUAUAAAUAUAACUUAUUUCUAUUUAGCAACAACUUAAUCGUUAAGUUUCAUUUUCCAAUUCAAUUUUUGUUUAUCUCUAUCGCGACUUUUUCUUAUCCUUUUUCAUUCAUUCUAUAAACUUUAUCAGUUUGAUUCUUCUGUUCCUAUGAAGGGAAGUUAAACUGAAGCGUAUUGGAUACAAAGGCAAUUCCAAAAUAAAUUUGAACUAAUAAAUUUUAAUUUUUAGACAUAAUUUUUUUAGUAAAAAGAGAUAUGAAAAACAUGCAUUUGAAUACGCAAUCGAUCAUUCCUUAAAACUUAGUUGGCAAUAAUAAGUAUUUUUUUUCUCUUCUCAUAAAAGGAACCUCGUUUGUAACAAAUAAUUAAAAAGGACAUUUUUUGAAUUGAGUGGUUUCUUUUUAAAUCCAGAAAUUCCAAUCUUAAAUAGCAAUUUAUAAUAUUUUUUAUUUUAAAAUUAUUACCUGUUUUCGAGACUUAUUUUAUAGAACUAAAAAAAAUAUGACCUGGAAACCUAAUUUGUAUUAUAUAUCAAAACAAAAAAAUACAAUAUGAUUAUGAUUCUUAAAUGCAAAGUCUGAAUGAAAUUAAAAAAAAAAAAUAAUUAAAAAACGUUCAUCAAUCGGGACAUUAUAGCAAAAUAUUAUGGUAGACACAUAAGAAAUGAGCAAAACAAUGCAAUUUUUAUGUUUUUUUUUCGUCAAUAUUUUUUCUCUGCUUUUUUUUAAAGAAAUUUUUAAUUUAAAUUAUUUAUUUGUCUUUUGUGAAUUUUAACGUAUACAGACAACCAAAUGAAAAUCAGAAAAUGAUUUAGAACGUUGCAAUAUUUUUCUCACACACUCUCAUUUUAUUAUAAUAUAUUAUCAUAAAUAUGUAUGGAAAACAAUAACAAAAGACUAGAAAAGAAGAUUUGAAAGUAUACAUUCAACAAAAGGCUAUUUCGUUUGUAUAUAUAGUUUUGUUCAGAAAGAGAAAGAGAGAGUUAUUAAUAGAAUGGUACAAAGGUCAAAAAUAUGCAAGAAAUGUUUACCAUUUUCGAUGCAAAAACCUUAUCAAAUCCAAUAGACUUAUUUUACUUUGAAACUCGUGUUUUUGAUUCAUUCUUUAUUUAAUUUCUUUCUUUUAAAAGUAUCAAACCAUUUUCUCCUAAUUUUUUUCUUCUUUUAUGAAAUGCAUUCACAUAAUAGUGCACAAGGGAAUAUUGUGCACUUAAUGAGCUGGAUCAAUUAAAUGGUGUUAUAUUAUUACAUUUAUACAUAAAUCAAAGUGAACAUUGACGCAAGGUUAAAGUUAAUUUAAUUUUGAACUAAAAAGAAAUUAGACAAUUAGGCAGUAAUGUAUACUUAGUUGAAAUGUAUUUUAUUCAUAGCUCAAUGCACACAAGCACCCUUUCGUUGAAAAAAGACAGCAGCAGAGAAAACUUUUCAGUAGUUUAAUUUUAAAAAUAAUAGGUUAUUAUAGACACCAAUACACACAAACAUAUUUUAAUUCCGAGGUGUAUUUCAGUUUGACUAUUGUAGUGCUUUUGGAAUGAGACAAUUUUCAUUUUUGGGCUUAUUUACAUAAUUUAUUUUUCUUUUGUUAUUCGCUGCGAACAUGCAAAACAAAAACACACCUCUCUUUUAAUUUAUAAAACAAUGAUUUAGUUAGUUUUAUAAAGAUUAGUGCAAUUUUAUUUUCAAACAAUUUAUUUCAUUUUAUUUUUAUUAUUAUUACUAUUAUUAUUUUUCCUCAUAACCUGCUACUUUUAAAAAAAUUUAUUCACACAUCCCAAAUAUCAGCUGCAAAUAAUAGAGUAGGAAGGAAUUUUUUUUAAAAUACCGUUACCGCUGAAAUGAGAAUCAAAAUAAUGGAAAACAAAAAAAUAUAGAAGAACAAAUACGCACAUCGUGUCGCAUCGAAUGUUGUACAUGUAAAAUUAUUACGAAAAAAUAUCAUGAGAAUAAUCAUAAUUUAAAAAGAAAAUAUCAUUAACAGAGCAAAACUAAUAUAUUUUUCAAUAUAGAACAUUUUUUAGAAUUUAGUAAAAUUUAUUUAAUUUAUUUGCAAUUGUUAUGUUUUUCCCUUAUGUUUUAGAUUUUCUUGUGUAUUCAAGGCCCAUUUUUUAUUUCUUCUAUUCAUUUAACUUUUUGUUUGAUUUUGACACUUCGUGCGUAGAAAGAUCUCUUUCAACCAGUGAUGAUUUUUUGCUGUCUGAAUAGCGCUAGAUAUUCGCAGAGUCUGUACAGCAUUUCUGCCUAGAUGCUGAUUCGAUGCGUUCACCCCAUACCGCAUGCGGAACACACUUUUUUGUACCACACACAGCGACGUGCGGUGAACGCAUCGAAUCAGCAUCUGGGCAGCAAUGCUGUACAGACUCUGCGAAUAUCUAGCGCUAUUCAGACAGCAAAAAAUCAUCACUGCUUUCAACCCAAACACACCGAAGCAAAUUACGAUUUCAAUUAAAACAUGAAAACAACAAAAAAGUUUGAUUUUACACGUAAAUUAUGCCACAUAUUUCAAAUCUCCAUAAAAAAAAGUUAAUCGAUUUUUCUUUUGCUUUUAUCAUUUCUUAAUUCAUAUAAUGAAUUUAGUUUAGUUUAUUUUAAGACGUUGUAUGUCAAUUAUAUGUGAUCUAAUGAAAAAUAGAAGCACAAUCUCUUGACAUACACAAUCGAGAAUCGAUACAUAUCCCGUUGUAGAAAUGCGAUAAAAAAUAAUUGAUGAGCGAAAAAAUAGAAAAAUAGAGAGAGAGAGAGAGAGAGAGAGAGAGAGAGAGAGAGAGA